UUCAGACGUGCAGACGUCUCUGAGGACGUCAGAACCAUUAGGAAGUCCGGAAAGUUUUCUCAGUUCUCUCACGGAAACUUUCCUACUAAAACUUUCUAGCGGUAGCGUCAACAAUAUCUUGUACUUCAUUUCUUCAAAGUCGAAAGAUCGACAAACGUCGAAGCGGUUCAGAGGAUCCACUGUCGUGAUUUUUCAUCAGGGAAGCGAGUGCCGACCAAGGAGAAAUGCCAAGGCGUAAAAAUAAAAGUAAAAAGGUGCUGACAAAGUUAAGUGCAUGGAAGGCAGAAAAGGAAAAUAAGAAGACAGCUGAUGAGCAGAGCAUUGCGGGACAGGAGAAAGCUGAAGAGCAGCAAGUAGAGGGAGCAAGAGAAAGGCUGGCUGAUGAGCAGGAGUGUGAGGUAACAGGGGAGUGGCAGGGGGAAGAGUUCAUGUUCAACCCCUUCACAGCAAAUGAUCAGUUGCAGCUGGCAGCGUCAAGCAGUCAAAAGAUCAUGCUGGAACACAUAGCAGAUGGGACCCAACUAGAGAAAGAAAAGCCGCACGGGGCCUAGGGAAGAACCAGUCAAGCCUGAUCUCAGCCAGCUGCAGAAGGACAUGGCAGAUAGCAGCCAGCUUUGCAAAGUUUUGAAGAAGUUGUUUAAGUUUCAAGUAAAGAUUUAAAGUGUAUAUUAUUUCAUCUUGCAUCAUUUUUUCGAUUUUCUUUGUAUUUGCAUUUUUGUAUUUAUAACAGGUAACAAAAUUGCAAGACAAGUACAAGGUUUCAAAAAUUGUUUAAUUAAAGCUGUCAAGAAGAUUCAA